AAAAAAAGUAUCAUAUCAUCCAUUUACAAAUAUUGACCAAUCACUAAAUGGGAAAUAUGGACCAAUCAAAAUCCUCCCACAAAAUAAUCAUAAUUUUAUACUCCUUAAAAACAUACUCAAUAGAUCAUUUGAAAAUAAUUUACCAUUAGUUCGUUUACCUUUUUGCCCGAAAUCAUGUCACAUAUAAAUUAUAGUUCAAACACAUCUGAAUCAGAUUUGAAUGAAAUAUCAUUUUCAUUAAUUGAUUCAAAUGAAGAACAAGAAAUUAGCUAUGAAGAAGUAGAAGAAUUAAAAAAUGAUAUGAUAAUCGAGAAAGAACGAAGAGAAUUGUUGAAAAAUACACGAACAGUAGUAACCACAUCAGGAUCUUUAUGCUCAUUACCUUUUUCAACUCCUAUGGCGAUAAUAUCAUCACCACCACCACCCAUGUCAUCAUUAUCACCACAGAAACAAUUGCCAUUGACUAGUAGUCAAUUGACUUCAAAUAGUGAAACGAAUAGAAAAUGUUUGGCUACAACAAAAUAUGAUCGUCGUAUGGCUAAACAAAUGACGGAAAGAAAACGACGUGAUCGUAUCAACGCGUUAUUAGAUAAUUUGAGGACACUUAUCUUGAAAUUAUUACAUAAAAAUCCACGUCAUCAUCGGAAAUUAGAGAAAGCUGAUAUUCUAGAACUGGUUGUUUCGUUUCUUAAAAAAGAAUUAAAUCAAAAUCGUUUUAGAACAACAUCGUCUUAUUCACAGCAACAACAUCAAAAUAACUAUAGAUCAAUUUAUUCAUUGCAAAAUUUAAAUUUUCCUUCAGGAAUUGAAUCAUCAUCAGCAUCUAUAGUUUAUCCUGAUAAUCGUAAUAAUAAUUAUUAUCCACAUCAUUUAAUAACAUCAAUUCCCCAAUCAAAUCACCAAUCAAUAACUAAUCAUUAUAUUAUGAGAAAUAAUGAUAAUGGUUCAUCGAACAUCAAUAAUUAUCCUAUUUAUGAUCAUACUGAACAGAAUACUAAAAGUGUUUAUCCAACAAUAUCAUAUCAGUCAUCGUAUAAACAUCAACACCAAUCAUUACCGUCACCUCACUAUUCCCAAUUAUUAAGUUAUCAACCAAUCGUAUUUACAUCAACAGAUGAUAUGAAUAAAGAAAAUCAAUUGAUAACUGGUGCUGAAAAUCUCAAAAACAAUAUGAAUACACCAAUAACAAAAGAUUUACGUUAUUAUCCGACUUGUAAUUAUGACGAUUACACAAUUGAAAAAGAUUCAGUCCGUCAACCAUUGAAUAUAGCUAGUAACGUCAUUGGUCAAAACACUUCCUAUAAAUCAGAUCCUAAAAUAAUCAAUCAAACAUGUCACCACCACCAACAACAACAAAUUCAACCGAACACACAUUUGAAAAUUUAUCCAGAUAUAUUAAAUAGUCAUUUAAAUUAUAAACUACCGACAGCCAAAGAUGAAGAUUAUGUAAAAUCGUACCCAUACAAUAAUUAUAAUGGUGGUAGCCAAUCAUUCCGUAGCGUUAUUAGUCAUGAAAAUAACAAUACUAUUGAUAAUAGUAGUUCAGUUUUCACCUAUGGCAAUGAAAGAAUAUGUUCAAAGGAAUCGACAAGUUUUGAAAGACUGUGGAGACCAUAUGUUUGA